AGACUCUACACCAGCCUCCCAAAGAAGACCCGUCUCGCCCUCGGCGGCACGCUCCUCGUUUGGGGCAGCCUGGGGAUGGCCUUUGGCGAUAAGCUUGAGGCCUACCUGGGGCUAACGCCGAACGAGGCCGAUUGGGAGCACCUAGACAGCGUAAUGCCUAAGAUUCGGAUCAUGGACCGCGAUCAAAACGGCGGGCAAAGCGGGAAAAAAUAG